CAGAAUGCAGGCAGACAUAACUAGCGUUCUAGUAUUCAUAAUAUUUAUUAGUUUUUGCGACAGCUCAAUUCUUCGAAUAAAUAAUUUACCCAAUUUGAAAUUAGUUGAAGCAUUGAUCGCCAAUUUCAAUAAUGAACAACCUAAUCUUUUUAUCAUAGCUCAACACAAAAAUAGAAAAACUGAUUCCGAAGAAAGAAAUCAGAACGAAAAUCUUCAUAACUUUAACAGAAAAAAGAAACUUAUAAGAAAGAUUGUACCACAUACUGAAGAUGAAGGUAAAAUAGAGUAUGAUUACAAAUUGAAUGCAUUUUAUAAACCAAUACUUAGAAUUCACAAGAAACGUAUAAAUGACUUAAAUUUUGAAGAGAAUAACAAUGAUAAUGCAUACGAAAACUUAUUUCAAGAUAAUAAAUUAAACAAGGAUGAGGUUAUUAAUAUUGCGACAAAUGUUUAUAAAGAACUAGAAGAGAAAUAUGAUAUUAUUGACAGUGAUGCUGAGGAAGACGUUGUUUUUAGAAACGACAAUGUAAACGUAGGAAGUAUAACAAACCAUCAGAAUUUUAAACCAGUAAAUCCUCAUUUCGAUGAACUAAAUGAUGGUGAAAUUCGAAUAACGAAACAGGUGAAUAAAAAUAAACAACGUCCUAAAUACAACAAUGUUAAUAACAACGAAGUGUUACAACAAUUAGAAUUAUUAAUAGAUAUUUAUCAUCACUUAAAUAAAAUACAUUCGAGAUCACGAAAACUGAAAUCGUAUGGAAAAAUAAUGCCAACUUUGAAGAAAAUUGAUUCUUUAAGAGCUCAUUUUGAUAAGUCUGGAGAAGCCAAUGAUCCUUUAGCUCCAGGUAACGAAUUGGGAGAAGAUAAACCUCAAAAGGAAACGAAGACUUGGAUGCCGUAUUAUCCACCUUGGAACUAUUGGUCGUACAAGAAAACUAUACAUCAGGAUAUAUGCCCCGGGAACCAAAUACGAGUAGAUCACAUGUGCAUUUGGAUGCAACCGCAUUAGGAUAGGUAAUACAGCCCUAUUCCUUUAUCGCAAUUUUCAAUUCAUCAUUUUAAAAGAAAUAAAAAUUUGAAU